ACAGUAGGUACACGUAAGGCGCCCUUCACAGUCUACCGUAUUGUAAUUGUCACAGGGGUCUAACGAUACCCCAUAUUUGAGAGAAGUAUAUACGUCACUGAGGAUACGUAGUGCGCAUGCGUGAGAAAAAUCCCACGUCCCAGCAUCACUGACUGCGUACACGUGCUUUUAAUUCAUGCUUUAAAACUAAAUAAAUGUUAUUGCACAUAAUAAUUGCAAUUUAUAUGUAAAUUAUUUUUUUAUUUUAUUUUAUUGAAUAAACAAAAAUGUUUACUGAACCUAAAUUGACCAAUACUUCUCCAAAUUUUGGAGUACCACCAGAUAAACCAAAUCCAUUAUUACAAACUUUAGGAGCUCCACAUAUAGAUUCUUUUAAUUACAUGCUUGAAGAUGGACUUUUUACAGCCAUUAAAGAUAUACUACCGGUUUAUCUACAACUUCCUAAUGGCGAUAAAGUAAAGUUAUGGAUAAAUGAUGUUUCCAUUUAUAGUCCAAGUGUUCCUUCAAAUGUAAUUGGUAUAAAAAAUUAUAAAAUAUAUCCUACAGAAUGUAGACAAAGCGGUACUACUUAUAAAGGAAAAAUAGUCAUUCAAUUAGGAUGGUCUGUCAAUGGUGUAGAAGGAGAAAUGCUAGAAAAGGAUUUGGGGAAUAUCCCAAUUAUGGUUAAGUCUAAUAGAUGCCAUCUUAAUAAAAUGAGUCCAAGUGAAUUAAUUGCUCAUAAUGAACAUGAACAAGAAUGGGGUGGUUAUUUUAUAAUUAAAGGACAUGAACGUCUCAUACGUAUGUUAUUAAUGUCCAGAAGAAAUUAUCCUAUUGCAAUUCAAAGAUCUGGAUGGAAAGCUCGUGGUGCAUUGUUUAGCGAUCUUGGAUUACUUUUAAGAAGUGUUAGAGAUGAUAAUACUUCAUCUAAUAAUACAUUGCAUUAUGUUACCGAUGGUUCUGUCAAAUUAAUGUUCGUGCACAGAAAAACUUUAUACUACGUACCUCUUAUCUUAAUGUUAAAGUGUUUAGUCGAUGUAUCAGAUAUUUUUAUUUAUAAUGCUUUAAUGGCUGGUUGCGAAGAUGAUUUGCAUUAUAGAGGAUGUAUUUCAAAUAUGUUACAUGCAGUACACAGUGAAGGUUUACAUACACAUGAACAAUGUAAAGCAUAUAUUGGAAAGAUAUUUCGAAUUAAAUUUUUUGAAUUAUCUCAAGAUGCAAGUGAUAUAAAAAUAUGUGAUUUCAUUAUUAAGCACUGUGUUACUAUACAUUUAGAUGAUCCAUUCGAUAAAUUUUAUUUACUUGUAUUUAUGACAAGAAAACUUUUUGCUAUUGCUAAUAAUAAGUGUGCUGCAGAGGGUGCCGAUUCUGUAAUGAUGCAAGAAUGCUUAUUAGGUGGUCAUUUAUAUUUACAAGUGUUAAAGGAAAAGUUAUAUGGAUGGCUUUCAACUCUUAAGACUUCAAUUCUUAAACGUGCCAGAACCACUGCCGCCAAUUAUACUUUAACAAUACAGGAAAUGUUAAAUGCAAUGAAAUAUGGAGGAUCAUUCGAUUCACAAAUGGAAAAUUUUUUGUCUACUGGAAACUUAAGAACACCUACAGGAUUAGGUUUGAUGCAAACUAGUGGACUUACAAUAGUUGCAGAAAAUAUUAACAGAAUGCGUUACAUGAGUCAUUUUCGUGCAAUCCACAGAGGUUCAUUUUUCCAAGAAAUGAGAACUACAGAAGCAAGACAACUUUUACCAGAUGCUUGGGGAUUUAUUUGUCCUGUGCAUACACCAGACGGUGCACCAUGUGGUUUACUUAAUCAUUUAACUAUGAAUUGCAUUGUUACAAAACAUCCAAAUGCCAAGUUAAAAGCUGCUAUACCAACGGUAUUAUUAGAUCUUGGAAUGAUACCUAUUAAUUUUGUUGAUAAUUGGAAAGAUUCAUAUACUGUUUUAUUGGAUGGGAAAGUAAUUGGAGUUAUCGAUGAUAAUACAAUAAAUAGAACCGUGGAUAAGUUAAGAGUACUCAAGAUAAAAGGUGAAGAGGUACCUCCUACAUUGGAAAUAGUAUUAAUUCCAAAGAGAAAAGUACCAGCUCAAUAUCCAGGAUUAUUUUUAUUCACUAAUCCUGCACGUAUGAUGAGACCGGUAUUAAAUUUAGCUACUAAAGAAACAGAACUUAUUGGAACGUUUGAACAAGUUUAUAUGGAUAUUUGUGUAGAACCAGAAGAAGCCUAUGAUGGUUUAACUACUCAUCAAGAAUUAACAAAAAUUUCGUUCUUAAGUAAUUUAGCAUGUCUUAUUCCUAUGCCAGACUAUAAUCAAAGUCCAAGAAAUAUGUAUCAGUGUCAAAUGAGUAAACAAACAAUGGGUACACCAUGCCACACGUGGAAACAACAAUCAGAAACAAAACUGUAUAGAUUACAAACCCCAGCAACUCCUUUAUUUAGACCAGUGCAUUAUGAUAAAAUAGAUAUGGAUGAUUUUGCUAUGGGUACCAAUGCAAUUGUAGCUGUUAUUUCAUAUACAGGAUAUGAUAUGGAAGAUGCAAUGAUUAUUAACAAAUCUGCUCAUGAACGAGGUUUCGCUCAUGGAAUGGUUUAUAAAUCAGAAUUUAUUGAUUUAAAUGAUAACAAAAGUUUUUUUGCACGCGAUCCGAAUAAACCUUUCCUCGCUGAAAAACUAGACUCUGAUGGUUUACCUAUACCUGGUUGUUUGAUUUCAGAAAAUGAUUAUUAUUAUUGUUAUUAUGACGUUGAACAAUCUAAUUAUGUAACUAGAAAAUACCAAGGAAAAGAAGAUGUAUACGUUGAUACCGUAAAAUUAUGUGGUACUUUAAAUCCUAAUACUCCAAAAAGAGCUUGUAUCACAUUUCGUAUUUCAAGAAAUCCAAGCGUUGGCGAUAAAUUUGCAUCAAGAGCUGGACAGAAAGGUAUUUGUUCGCAAAAAUGGCCAGCCGAAGAUUUACCAUUUACUGAGUCAGGUAUUAUACCAGAUAUAGUAUUCAAUCCUCAUGGUUUUCCAAGUCGUAUGACAAUAGCUAUGAUGAUUGAAGUAAUGGCUGGAAAGUCUGCAGCUGUACAUGGAUUAGUACACGAUGCAACACCAUUUAGAUUUGACGAGAAUGAAACAGCAGUAGAUUAUUUUGGAAAAUUAUUAGAACGUGGAGGAUAUAAUUUUUACGGUACAGAAAGAAUGUACUCUGGUAUAGAUGGACGUGAAAUGACAGUUGAUAUAUUUUUUGGAAUUGUACACUAUCAAAGAUUACGUCAUAUGGUAUCAGACAAAUGGCAGGUAAGAAGCACUGGUCCUAUUGAUAUAUUAACUAGGCAACCAAUUAAAGGACGACGACGUGGUGGUGGUGUUCGAUUUGGUGAAAUGGAACGAGAUUCUUUAAUAUCUCAUGGAUGCUCGUAUCUUCUUCAAGAUCGUCUUUUCCAUUGCUCCGAUAAAAUUACCGCUUUAAUUUGUAAAAAGUGUGGAACGUUAUUAGGACCUAUUAUAGAAUUAUCAGUAAGCCCAACAGGUAUGACUGAAAGAAAACAAAAGUGUAAACUUUGUGGUGAUGACACUUCUGUAGAAGAAGUUGAUAUUCCUUAUAUAUUUAAAUAUCUUGUAACUCAAUUAACUAGUUGUAAUAUUAAUGUUCAAUUGUCGUGUAGAGAAAAAUGA